UGCGGCAACGAAAUGUCGGGUGUUUUCCGCAUCGGAGUACGCCUGGUGAAAGGUGCACCGGCGGCCGGAUCACCGGUGAGCCCGUUCUUCAUCGCGGCACGCAACAUUUCCGGCAAAACGUUGCGCGGCUCGAAGCUGAGCAAGCCGAAACCGUUCCCGUAUCUGGAGAAGCAGUACACGGCUUGGAAUGCUUGCAUAGACGUACUGAGGAAGAACACGACCAGCCGGUUCGAUGAAAACACCAAGGUCGUCGUAGUUGAUGGUCCUAUUGCGGCAGGUAAAUCCGCAUUCGCAAAGGAACUUGCAACGGAGCUGGAAAUGAAAUACUUUCCAGAGGUAACGAUGGACAACUACUACAUUAAUCCGUAUGGUUACGAUAUGCGUCAACUCGACCCACAACUGCCGGUCAACAUGCAAAGCUUCGACGUAGCUAAAUUCCAUCAAAAUCCAACCCAUCGCAAUGUGGCCACGUUCCAGGUGCGUAUGUUGGCGGAACGUUUUUCGCAGUACAUUGACGCGUUGGCCCAUCUGUUCAGUACGGGCGAAGGUGUGGUGCUGGAUCGUAGUGUCUACUCCGAUUUCGUAUUUAUGGAGGCGAUGUUCCGCAACGGGUACAUCUCCAAGGGAGCACGCUCGGUGUACUACGACAUCGUGAAGAAUACGUUCUGCGACCUGAUGAAGCCUCACCUUGUGAUUUAUCUGGAUGUGCCCGUGAACGUGGUGAAGGAUCGUAUCAAGAAGCGUGCAAACCCGGCCGAAGCCGGCUCGAAAGCGCUCACCGAUCAGUAUCUGAACGAUAUCGACACGAUCUACAAACAGCAAUAUCUGAAGGACAUUAGCACGCACGCGGAGUUGCUGAUCUACGAUUGGUCCGACUAUGGUGAGACGGAGGUCGUCGUUGAAGAUAUCGAGCGUAUCGAUUUCGAUCGAUUCGACAAGGACGAUCCGAAGAUGCGCGACUGGGUAAUGGAGAACGAGGAGGAUUGGACCGAGGCUCGCUGCCGGUACAUGGACAAGCCGGACCUGCUGAACUCGUUGAACGUUCCACGGUUUGACGUACACGAGCUGACCGUAUCGCCGGACGACUUCAAGGCAUGGUACGACGUUUGGUUCUCGGCACCGGGAAUGCAGUACCGCAAGGGUUACAACGAAGAGUGCGGUGACACCGGUAUCCUGACCAAGAUGAAGACAGACUUCCGCAACAGCCUGUAA